CCGUUGCCUAUCGUUAUUGCAGACCGGUUGAUGCUAAGAAAACGAACACGUAUUGGUAAGUUUUCGAGUGAGUAGGUUGGUACGAGGGGUGGUGAAGUUAGAGGUCAUGGCACGGUGUGUACUCGCCGCGAAGUAGUGAGCCCCGUUCAUUGUUGUACUAUGCCGCACGUGGGCCGACAGCCGAGUAACGGCGGCAGUCGUUGCGAGGAAAACGCCGACGCGGGUGCCAGUGGCGGGCCUGACGCGCACCCAAAAAAGCGCGGCUUCAUCAAACGGCUCAGCAGCAACUUGACGUUGUUGUCCUGGAAGCAUCCGAAGCGGAAGUCAUCGGUGCCAGACAGGAUCUCUGGCGACGGCGAGGAUUCGUCGUCGGAGGGCUUCUAUGCCGGAGGUCGGAGGAAGGACUCACAGUUCGCAGACGGAAGUCCGACGACGAGUACCAUGGGGAACAAGCAAAGCGCGGGUUCAGCCAUCGCGCAUCCGGGUGACAGUGACGACGACAUAGCGAGAAAAGGUCACGAAGCGACAAGCUCCCGAAUCCUGGCGCCCACGCCCGGCGAAGAAAUCCUGUCCAACGAGCCUGUUGUCGAGCCGGCCACGAACUCUGGUUCUGCUGACGAAGCAUCGAAAAGCCUGGCCGAUGGAAUCGUGGUUUUGGCGCCCGAAGAAAACAUGUCGUCGAUGCACAAAGGAUUGGUGAGCAUCCCUCGAAAUUCAGAGUCUCGUGCUGAGCUGCCUGGAACCUUAUCAGUUAGUGAUCGAGCUGAACAGGCCUCCGCCGAUGUUGGACCCUCGGACUCCAGUGCAGAUUUUCCCCUCACCCCAGAAGAUGUUACCGACCGCGCUGCUUCUGGUUUGACGAGCAGCCAGGCUAGUGGAGAUAUUAACGGAACGUCUCGAGACGACUCGUCCGCGUGCAAGCCGCAAGUGCCCAACAAGCACGCGUUGCGUCGCAUGCAUGUUAUUCGGGAGCUAGUGGAGACGGAGCGAAACUACGUUAAGGAUUUGGGACUGGUUGUGGAAGGUUAUAUGGCGCAAAUGAGAGACCCGAACUGCGAUAUUCCGAUGCCAGAUGACUUGAAAGGUGGCAAGGAUAAGAUAGUAUUUGGAAAUCUUGAAGCUAUCUACGAAUGGCACAAGAAUUCUUUCCUGAAGUCCCUUGAGGGAUGUGAAGAAUGCACAACGAAGCUUGGGCCACUUUUUCUACGAUGCGAAAACAAGCUUCGUCUCUACGUCGUUUACUGCGAAAACAAAAACAAAUCCGAAUAUAUCGUGUCAGAAUACCUUGAGACUUAUUUCGAGGAAUUGCGUCAGAAGCUCGGACAUAAACUACAACUACCAGACCUGCUGAUCAAGCCGGUGCAACGAAUCACCAAGUAUCAGCUGUUGCUCAAAGACUUGUACGAAGUUACGGAGAAGGCGGGGUUGAUAGAGGAAGCAGAAUCGUUGCGGAAAGCAGUGGAGUUGAUGCGUAUUGUUCCGAAGGAAGCCAAUGAUAUGAUGCUCAUUGGACGCAUUCAGGGCUUCGAGGUCAACAACAUGGCUUUGACGGAUAAAUGGAGCGACGACGUGCAAAAAUUCCUGGUGAAAUCGACAGACACGAGGAAGGAGUUGAUGUUCGUUUGUCAAGUGGCUUCACCGGACAUUCGAGACUUGUGGGCGUCGAAGAUCCGGAAAAUGCUUGACCUGCAAAGCAAUUUUUUGAAAGCGUUGCAGUCGCCGAUUGUCUACCAAAAAGAGCUCACCCAGAAGGACGCGUGA